AUGGAAGUGGAGCCAUUGACGUUUGAGUCGCCUUUCUCUCUCAAGCAUCUCGUUGCAAAGGUUAAAUCUUGUGGCAAAGCCAAGAAUCCAACUCUUGCAAAGCAAGUCCAUGGCUGCAUUCUCCAAUCACAGCAUGCAGCAAACCAGCGUCUCGGCAAUCUGCUCGUACAAAUGUAUUGCCAGUGUGGGUGCACCGAUGAAGCGUACGAUGUCUACAAACAACUCCACCAUCCCAGCGCCCACUCCCUCAAUUUCAUUCUUAAUUUACACAGCAAGCGUAGGAACGUUGAGAAACUCAAAGUUCUUUUUGAUCAAGCAGCCGCGAGGGAUGUUGUAUCCUGGAACAUACUCAUUGCAGCAUAUGCCCAAGCCGGGCACAUGCUUGAAGCAAAAGCUACGUUUGAUAGCAUGGAGGAUCGUAGCGUUGUGUCGUGGAAUUCAAUGAUCAGUGGGUAUGCAAAGAAAGGAAUGACUCGGGAAGCAUGGAUCAUGUUUGAUCGCAUGCCGGAGUGGAGCGUCGUUUCCUGGACUGCCAUGCUAGACGCAUUUGCCGGGGCACGGGACCUAGCUAGCGCUAGAGCCAUUUUUGAUUCGAUGCUCGAGAGGAACUUGGUGUCCUGGAGCUGCAUUCUCAGCGCUUACAUUGCAAAUGGAGAUUGUGAUACUGCUAAGCUUCUUUUUGAUUCUAUGCCUGAGCACGACCAAGCUUCUUGGAACACUGUAAUUUCAGCAUAUGCCCUGAAGGGGCAAAUGUGUAUAGCCAAGAACUUGUUUGAUGCAGCGCCUUUUCGAGGCACAGCCGCUUGGAACUCGAUGAUCGCUGGGCACGGACAAAGAGGUGAGAUUGAGGAGGCUGAGUUAUUCUUUCGAUCGACUCCUGAUCCCGACAUCAUCACCUGGACGAGUCUCAUAUCGGCAUAUAUCUCGAAAGGGCAUCUCAAAAACGCCAUGAUCGCCUUCAAAAAUAUGCCUCUGAGGAACGUUGUAGUGUUUACGGCAAUGCUACAGGGAUUUUCAGACAGUGGAAAGAUGGUAGAGUUUGCAAGUGUUUUCAGCAUGCUACCUGAGGUGGACAUGGUGGCGUGCAACAUGGGCAUCGUAGCGUAUGCUCAAAACGGGCAUCUCGACGCUGCCAAAGAGAUGUUCGAUAGGAUGGAGGAGCGCGACUCAAUCUCCUGGAAUGCGCUCCUCCACGCGUUCGUGCAGAACCGGCGAGCGGAGGAAGCCAAGAUGGCCUUUGAUCGGAUGCCAGAGCGCGACGUUUUCUCGUGGAAUUCGUGGCUGCUGCUGCUGCUGGUAACCGGGGACGCGAUCUCUGCAAGGCAAGCGUUUGAUUCAAUGCCGGUGUGGGAUCUGGCAUCGUGGAGCCUGAUGCUCCAGUUCUUCGGCCAAGAGGGCGAUUUGCAAUCGGCGAUGGAGCUCUUUUGCUCGAUGCCCGAGCGGGACGCGGUCUCGUGGGGAUGCUUGGCCGCGGCAUUUGCUCGCAAUGGUCACCUCGAGCGAGCCAAGCUCACGUUCCACUCCAUGCCCGAGCACGACUUGGCCUCGGUGAACGCCAUGAUCUCCACGUACGCCCAGUGCGGGCGAGGACGAGAAGCUCUCGAGAUCUUCGCGACCAAGUUGCUCCUCGAAGGCCGAGCACCCGACGAGAUCUCCUUCCUCAACUCUCUCGUUUCUUGCAGCCACCGCGGCCUCCUCCGAGAGGCUCUCGCCCUCUUCGUCUCGAUGCUGAGCGAUCACAACUUAACUCCGUGGUGCCACCACUACUGCUGCAUUGUCGAUCUCUUGGGACGAUCCGGGCGCCUGGCACAGGCCCGGGAGCUCGCCGCCGCCGCGAGUAGCAAAUGGAGCUCGUCCAGCGACAUCGUCCCCUAUAAUACACUACUCGGAACUUCAUUCAUGCAUGGCGACGUCAAAGGUGGCGAGCAAGCAGCAAAUCUCGUGUUAUCCUCGAACCCAAGCAUUGCAUCGCCCAGAAUAACGCUUGCCAACUUGUACGUAGUAGGAUCUUUAUAA